CAUCUAGUAACGGUCAUGGGCAUCUGUAGGAGCAGGCAGGUGCCCACGCGUGGCUCUGCAGGGCCGAAUUCGGCCUCUCCUGGCGGCGGCGGGGCCGGUGGCGGGAGGGCGCAGGUUCAGCUGUUGUUCUGGCUAAACCUGCCCCUCUCCCAGAAAAAGGGUCAUUCCCGAGCCUGCGGGAGACAGCCGGCGGGCGGGCGGCUGCGCGGGGUUGGGGCGGGGCGGGGCGGCGGGGAGGAGGCGGCCCGGCGCAGACCGUCUGGGGCUGCACGGCCCGGCCCGGCCCGGCCCCCUGCCACCGCCUCCGCCGCUUCCUCCCGGCCCCGCCCCUGCCGCCGCCGCCGCCGCUUGUUGAUGUUUCACUUUGUUUUCGUUCCCGGGUCGCAAGAUGGAGGCGGCGCUGGGACGGCGGGAGCUGCUGCCGCUGCUGCUGUCGCUGGCCGCCGCGCUGCUGGGCCCGGCCGCGCCGCUGCAGCUGGGCCAGUGGAGAAUGGAAAUUUGAGUAACUUACCAGAUCAGCAGCGCCUGGGAACUGUCAGUGUUCGCAUCAUGGUUCACGAGUGGCCUUUGGCAUCCAGUUCUGAUUUGCAGCUGAUUGUCAUUCAGGAAGAAAUCACAGAAAUUGAUGGAAAACAGGUUCAGCAGGAAGAAGUAACAGAAAUAGAUAUUUUAGUAAAGGACCUGAGAGUACUUAGACAUUCAAACUACACUGUCCCUUUGAAAGAGAGCAUGCUGUAUUCCAUCCCAAGGGACAACGACGUGUUAUUUACACUUCCCAACCUCUCUGGAAAAGAUAUUCAAGAUCCGCUGCAAACUACCAGUCAGUACCUCAUCCGGCAAGUAGAAACUACAGUAGAUGAAGAGACAUUACCUGGCAAGUUACCAGAGACACCUCUUAGGGUGGAACCUCCAUCUUCUUACAAGGUGAUGUGCCAGUGGGUGGAAGACUUGAGAAAAGGGUUGUGCAGAUUCUGGUUUCGAUCUUUACCUAUCUUCUUUAGUUUGAUGGAAGUCAUUGUAGUUGGAGUCGUUGGAGCUGCUCUUAUUCUCAAAGUCUUAAAGGUGAUUUUCCCUUCCUAUGAAAACAAAGGCAUCGUUCUCCUGGAUCAAGUCAGCUCUGUACCUGUGAUUACCAUCAGCUUGCCUUCAGAUCUUCCAGACAGGAAAAAUAAUUUAGACAAGAAAGCAUGUACUUAAUACUGUGUUUAUUUUGGCAUUACUGGGGUUUUUUUAAAAACAAAUUUUUAGUUGACCUGAAAUUUGGCACUUGAUCUUAAUACCUUGUUUGUUUCCUACUAAGAAAAAUAAGUCACUUGAUUAAUUGGUAACAGGGACACUCAGGCCGAGGCCCGAAGCUAAUUUCCCUGUGCCUCUUCAUAAACACACAGCCUUUUCAGAAGCUUCAGAAUAAAACAGCUUUCCACCCUGAGGGCUACCAUCGGUUUUAACUUCUGUGAAGUCACUUUUCCACACCUCGGACAGGAAGCCGGCUGCCUUCGCGCCUGUAGAUAAACCAGGUCAGCUGUCCUAAACAGCGAGAUGAUGAAAUUCAGGGUGCCCUGAAGCCUCCAGAUAGCAUUCUUGGAACAGGAUGAAGGAGCAUCGCAAACAUCAGCUGUGCCUGCAAGCCUAAACAAAGCUGCCCAUCCUGGUUUCAGGUCUCCUAGGGUUGAGCGUGCCUUGCGAGGAAAAUAUCACUACCAAACGUUUGUGCUACUCAAUUUGACGUGUUAUAUAUCCAAAACAAAAAUUUAAACAGCAGAUUUAUAUUUCAAGCACUUUACAUUUUUAUGGCCCCUUCCACUCAUAAAAAUCAUUAGCACUUGUAAACAAUGUGCUUUUUGUAUCGGUGACAGCAGUACUAUGUGAAGUCUCAAGAAACAAUUCUACAGAAGUACUGGCUUACAAUUGCUAAGUAGGCCUGCUCUGCCCAUGCUGAUUUGUACUGUUAACAUUUUUCAAAUAAACAUGUAAAUUGUU